GUCAAGGAAUGUUUCUGAACCGCCAAUAGAUUUGUGUACGCUUUAAUCACAAGUUUCAGUACGUGUAAAAUUUACUUUAAAUUGAUAGAAACGUUGAAAGUAUUAUACGAAAAAUGGCAAUAGGACAUUUUGAAGAUUAUUGGAUUACUAACUACAUGCAAUACUAUUUCUAUGUACAAUCCUACAACAACAACGGGAACUAUGAAAAACAACCCAUGCGCUGGACGCCGAUGCCUGCAGGACAAACUAUGCUUUGCGUCUUUGAAAGAUGCUGACCAGUGUGUAUGCACAGCGGGAUACAUUUUUGUUGACAAGAGCAAUUACACAUGUCUUGACCUUGAUGAAUGUAGUCAACACUUUCACGAUCCGUGCGGCCACAGAGGCGUUUGCAUGAACACUGUUGGCAGUUACAGAUGCGCUUGUCUACAAGGGUGGACAACAAAUAACCACUGUUUGCCAAAAGUGUUAGACCCUGGUCUAUGUAUGCCUGGAUACACUGGCGAGACAUGCAGCGUUAGUAACUGCGGUCGAAACGGCUACGGAGAACCUGUAGGAGACACAGAUGAUUUUAUAUGUGUUUGCAAUAAAGGUUGGACUCAUACCGCACAAAAAGACGCAUGUGAUUUAGACGUUAACGAAUGUAACCAGACGCCAGGAACCUGUGACAACGGAGCCAGCUGUGAAAACUCAGAAGGUUCCUACAAGUGUCAUUGUCGUCAAGGCUGGACUGGGACUAACUGUAGUCAGUACAACUGUACGAAUCGCGCGUGCGCAAACAACGGUGUGUGCGACGGCAAUGUAUGCAAAUGUGCCGCGGGCUGGGUAGGACAGGACUGCUUACAAAGCCCGACACCAACAACAACGCCGACGAAGGACAACUUAAAAAAGGAAACAAACCAGGUAUAA